UUUCCCGCGUUUGGACGCGUCGUGACGCGUUGUGCGCGACGCUCGGACCUGCUCUGCAGAACAAUCAGCUUUGAACCUCACUUUCAGCCAUCCUCGAAAAUCACCAUCAAAAUGCCUCCUUUGAAGCCUGGAGGCCCCGGAGUCUAUUCCGCUACCUAUAGCAAUAUACCUGUCUACGAAUAUCAGUUUGGUGAAGGUUUAAAGGAACAUGUUAUGCGCCGUCGCGGAGACGAUUGGAUCAAUGCGACACAUAUCCUGAAGGCAGCUGGAUUUGACAAGCCUGCUCGAACGAGAAUUCUCGAACGAGAGGUGCAGAAGGAGAAGCAUGAGAAGGUCCAGGGUGGAUAUGGAAAAUAUCAAGGCACUUGGGUUCCGCUAGAGCAAGGUGAAGCUUUGGCUCAACGAAACAAUGUCUACGAGAAGCUCCGCACAAUCUUCGAAUUCAUUCCGGGCAACUUGAGCCCACCUCCUGCUCCAAAGCACACCACAGCUAAGCCAAAGCUGCCAAAGAAGCCUGCUGUUCCGAAAUGGGGAAACAAACCAGUGGCCGCACCUGCUCGUGCGAUCAUAGAUGAUGACUAUGACAAUAUCAGCGCACAGUUGAAUGACGAUGAGAGCAUGGCCGAUGAUGUAACCGUUGCCUCAGCUUCUUUCAUGGCAGAGGAUGACCGAUAUGAUAUGUCGCAGCAAUCUACAGGACAUCGAAAGCGCAAGCGUGAGGAACACAUCGAGAAUACCGCACAGCGGGAUCAUAUGCUCUACUCCGAUGAGCUUCUUGACUAUUUCAUGCUUUCCCACAAUUCCGACCAAGUUCCAAAGCCCGAACCUCCCGUUAAUUUCCAGCCCAAUUGGGUCAUCGACACGGAUGGACAUACUGCUAUGCAUUGGGCAGCUGCAAUGGGAGAUGUGGAGGUAAUGAAGGAAUUGAAGAGAUUUGGAGCUGAUCUGGCUGCACAGAAUUCUCGUGGCGAGACUCCUCUGAUGCGCGCUGUGCUAUUCACGAAUUGCCUGGACAAGCAAAGCAUGCCGUCUGUGGUGAAGGAAUUGAUGACCACAAUUGAUUGCAUUGACCUUUGUCAGUCAACUGCCCUCCACCAUGCAGCUGCCAUGACCACAAGCCGACAAAAGCAUCAUUGUGCUCGUUACUAUAUCGACAUCAUCCUGAACAAGAUGCAGGAGACUCUUGAGCCAGACCAAGUCCAGCGCAUCAUUGAUGCAAGAGAUGUUGAAGGCAACACUGCCAUUCACAUUGCAGCAAAGAAUAAGGCUCGGAAGUGUGUUCGAGCUUUGAUGGGUCGGGGAGCGAGCACCAACAUUCCAAAUCAUGACAAAGUCACUGCUGAGGAACUCAUCCAGGAGUUGAACGAGAAUCGCAGAACCGAACGUCACCCGCAAGCUUCAUCUUCUCCGUAUGGCCCUGAUUCUCGAUCACAGUAUGAGAUGCCCGAAGAACCGCAUGCCCGAGCUGUCCAUCACAUCUCUGAAGCUGCCAUGUCCAUUCAAGGAAGAAUUGCACCUCUCAUGCUUGAGAAAUUCCAAGACUUGGCUAACUCUUUUGACGAAGAGCUUGUCGAGAAGGAGACAUCUGAGCGGGAAGCGAAGCGUAUCUUGCAGAGUACAGUCCAGGAGCUCGAAUCAGUCCGUACCCAGAUCCUCGACAUCACCUUUGAGAAGGAAUCACCUGAACUUGUCAAGCAAGGAAAAGAACGACUUGCUCAUGCAGAGAACAAAGUCACAUCUUUGAUCGAGCAACGACAAAAGUUGCAGAUUUGGAGCUCCGUUGAGCGUGAAGUCAGCAAGACAAACGGCCAUAUGAUGCCCAAUGAAGAUGAUGUUGGAGAGAGAGUCAUGUUGGCGAAGAUGCUUGCCGAUGAGCAAAACAAGCGUCAGAACAUGGUUGCUCAAUAUAGAGAUGCUUUGAGCAUGGCAGGUGCUGGUGAAAAGGGCGAGCAGUACCGACGACUCAUCUCCAAGGCACUCGGCACCGAAGCAGGCAUCAUGAAUGAGAAUCUCGAUACCUUAUUGGAACAACUUCGGGAAGAUCACCGUGGUCAACAAGGAGAGACUGUCUUGCCUGAAGAGGCCUAAUCGCAACUCCUGCUAGACGUUGGAUUGCCUCGAGUCCGAUUGGGGAUCUUGUUUGAUUACUUCAAAGUCAUCUCUUCGUUUGCGUUGGGAAUCUGCCCACCUGCACAUUCCCGCAGGUGU